UAAUUCCAUGAGAGCCUUAAAUUCUUCUUUCAAUUAUUUCGACUUGAUCAACGUUGGGAAAAAAUCAUAAUCUUUUUUCCCGCCGCACGCAAACACAAAUGUAUGCACUCAAACCCUGAUGAACCUCAUUCACUCUGUAAGUGCUAACCCCGCCCUGCUCAGAUCUCUGCGUUGCUUCCUGAACCCGCUCUCAUGCUCUCUUCUCUCUACUUCUCUUCUCCACUCUCGCUCCCUUUCACCCCUCAAAGAAAGACCCACCAACUGGAACACAACCCACACUUUUGUUCGAACGAACCCGCUCCUCUCCCUCUUAGAACAAUGCCAAUCCUUGUCCCAGUUGAAGCAAAUCCAAUCCCAAAUGAUCCUCACUGGCUUAUUUUCGGAUGGGUUCGCCCUUAGCCGGCUCAUCGCCUUUUGCGCGAUCUCCGAACAGCGAAAUCUUGAAUAUUGCACCAAGAUUUUGUACAAUGCGCGAGACCCAAAUGUUUUUUCGUGGAACGUUGCUAUUAGAGGGUAUUCGGAAAGCGAAAGCCCUGAAGAAGCGGUUGUGCUGUACAAGGAAAUGUUGCGCAAUGAAGGGUCGAGACCGGAUAAUUAUACUUACCCUUUGUUGCUUAAAGUUUGUGCUAGUUUAUCCUUGCAAUUGAUGGGAGGUCAGAUUAUCAGUCAUGUAUUAAAGUUGGGUUUUGCUUUGGAUAUAUACGUGUACAAUUCGGUGAUUCAUAUGUUAGUUUCAUGUGGAGAAUUGGGUACAGCACGUAAGGUGUUUGAUGAAGGCUGUGUUAGAGAUUUGGUUUCUUGGAACUCCUUGAUUAAUGGCUAUGUUAGAAGUGGGUUGGCAGGUGAGGCAUUAAGUCUCUAUCGAGAAAUGGAGGUUGAAAGAGUGAAGCCGGAUGAGGUUACGAUGAUUGGGGUGGUUUCUUCAUGUUCCCAGCUAGCAGAUCUGAAUUGUGGGAGAGAAUUUCAUCGGUAUAUUGAAAAAAAUGGGUUGAAUUUUACACUUCAACUUUCUAAUGCGCUCAUGGAUAUGUAUAUGAAAUGUGGGAGUCUUGAGGAGGCACAAGCAAUAUUUGAUAGCAUGACGAAGAGAACAAUUGUCUCUUGGACUACUAUGAUCGUGGGCUAUGCCAAAACUGGGUUUCUGGAUAUUGCGCGGAAGUUUUUCUAUGACAUGCCAGAAAAGGAUGUUGUUCCAUGGAAUGCAAUAAUUGGUGGUUAUGUUCAGGCCAAGCGCAGCAAGGAAGCUUUGACUUUGUUUCAUGAAAUGCAGGCUAGUAAUAUCAAGCCUGAUGAGGUGACCAUGGUUAACUGUUUAUCUGCAUGCUCACAACUUGGAGCGCUUGACGUUGGGAUCUGGAUUCACCAUUACAUAGAAAAACACAAUCUCUUUUUGAAUGUUGCCUUGGGAACUGCGCUAGUUGACAUGUAUGCCAAGUGUGGGAACAUCAAAAAGGCUCUCGAGGUUUUCCAGGAGAUGCCACAGAGAAACUCACUGACUUGGACAGCCAUUAUCUGCGGUUUAGCUCUUCAUGGGAGUGCACAUGAUGCUCUCUCUUUCUUUUUGGAAAUGAUUGACAUUGGGUUGGUUCCAGAUGAGAUCACCUUUCUUGGGGUCUUAUCUGCUUGUUGUCAUGGAGGUUUGGUUGAAGAGGGUCGGAAGUAUUUUGAUCAAAUGAGCUCCAUAUUCAAUGUUUUUCCCAAGCUCAAACACUACUCCUGCAUGGUGGACCUUCUAGGUCGGGCUGGUUUUCUAGAAGAGGCAGAACAGCUUAUUAAAUGCAUGCCAAUGGAGGCAGACGCAGUUGUUUGGGGUGCAUUGUUCUUUGCUUGUCACAUGCAUGGAAAUGUUACAAUGGGAGAACGGGCAGCUUCGAAGCUUCUUGAGUUGGAUCCCGAUGACAGUGGAAUUUAUGUUUUGCUUGCAAAUAUGUAUGGAGAAGCAAAUAAGUUUGAAGAGGCUAGGAAGGUGAGGAAGAUGAUGAUAAGGAGAGGAGUAGAGAAGACUCCAGGUUGUAGCUCGAUUGAGGUGAAUGGCAUUGCCUAUGAAUUUAUUGUUCGGGAUAAAUCACACCCUCAAUCUGAACAGAUUUAUGAAUGUUUAGUUCACUUAACAAGACAAUCGGAGCUAGUUGGAUGCAUAUCGUGAAACAGUAAUUCCUCUGUAGUGCCGAAGUUGGCAAGCAAAUCUGAAUUAGCAGGUCAGUUCUCCUCUCUUAUUGUAUGCCUUUCAUCAAACCAAAAUUAUCUUGACGAGAGAUCUAUAAGAGUUAUGUAUUGGUAUUUAAAGUUUGAUUUUUAUGAUUCAUUAAGUUCUCAUUUAAUGUGAGACAAAUAUGUGUCUGCUGCAUAUUCCUGUUUUCAAUUUUGCUGGAUCUUUAUUUUUUCUCUAUUUUUUUGUCUUCCACUUUUCUGUGUGGUGGGUGGAGGGAAGGGGGUGCUGAGACUUCUACGACAUUGCAACUCUUAUGUGACCAAUUAAAUGAUCAGGACUUUGGUUUCUCUUUGCCUUUCCUCAUCCGAUUCGACAAUGUCAAUCAACCAUGACUUCUGAUGUUGUUAUAUACUGCUGUAAGGAAGCAGAUGAGUAGUUGCUAGUAAAGGCUGUUUAUGGGAUGCAGGACUCAUCAUAAUUUUGUUGGACCUAGCCUGGAUUGUUGGGAUUUAGAGAGUUUGGUGUUUAGAGGCAGCAUGCUUGUAUUAUUCAGUGAUUUUGUGGCUUAGAUUAAACACCAUCCUCUUCCCUCCAAUAUAUUCCUCCAAAAAUGGUAUCUAUAUUCUAUAAGCUCUGGUUUGGUUGGUGUUGCGACAGGAUAGAAAUGUUGGGAAGGUUGUGGAAGGGGAUGAGAUAUGGAAAAGGUUUGACCUUGGCUACUUGAAUGAAGAACUACCCUUUUUAACCUAAGGGUCAUUUCUAUUGAAUGAUUGGCAUUCGCUAAUCUUUGAGCUUAAUUGUAGCAACUUUACGAGCACGAUUCAAUUGUUAAUUAGCCCUUGCACCAAAGUUUGCACUAUGUCGAUAGUGAGCUCCAUCUCAGUUACAUUCUUUUUCCAAGUGCUAAACUCACUGGGAGGCUUUGCAAGGCCUACUUUUUAGUCAGAUGCCUUUUAUAUUUGGCAAGUGUUGUGUUGCUUGAUUGCAGCUGUCUGUGAACGUCAUAUGCUAAGUUACCACAUUUCCUGUUUUAACUGAUAUAAGGGUAAUAUAAGAGUAAUUGUGACAUUGUCCAAGACUUUUCAGAGAAAGGCUUGUGGUUUUUUGUAACAGCAAUGCUGCAUCCUAAACAGUUCCUGCUCUGAUUUUUUGGCUCAAAGGUUGUGAUAUAAAACCCGAAAGGUUGUUGCUUUUCUGCCCCUAGAAGGGAUGAGAUGUAUCCCAGGGUUAUUUGUCAAACUCCAGCACAGGUAUUGAACAUAGAAUGUCAGAUAUAAUUUUUAAGAAGCUGGAAUUUCACAAAAGAUCAGGAUCAAAUCAAAUCUUAUGUUGUGGCAUUUGAAUGGAAGGCGGCCAGGUUCGUCAUUUAAGUUGUACGGAAGAUCCAAAGAAAUUGGACGUCUAUUGAAAAAUGGUUUGCUGGUGUUAUAGCACCUGGUAAACUGCCUGGUAGUCGACACAAAGUUGCAGAUUGGGGUGGUGAGCAAUCCAACGGUUUGAUUCAUAUCUGCAACAGGAUGAGGUUCAAAUCAGUUGGCGUUGCAGGUCUUUUACCAGGGGUUCUUCAGGGUUUUCUCUUCUGGAAAUGUACAUUUUCUUUUUUGAUCCUGUCCUGAAUAUUGCAGGUUGGUAUUAAUUAUUGGAAGAUGCAUUUUGGUA